GCCGCUGCUGCCGCCGCCGCCGCCGCCGCCGGGGCUGCUGCUCCGGCUGCUGCAGGAGGCGGCGCUGGCUGGCGGCUGCGCUCGCUCCAGUCAGCGAGCGGAGGAGCGAGCGUGUGUGUGUUUUUUAAAGAUGGCCGGAGCGGCGGCGGCGGUGGCCGCGGGAGCAGCAGCUGGAGCCGCCGCGGCAGCGGGGUCGGUGUCGGCUCCGGGUCGGGCCUCGGCGCCCCCUCCGCCUCCGCCGGUGUACUGUGUAUGCCGGCAGCCGUACGACGUGAACCGCUUCAUGAUCGAGUGCGAUGUCUGCAAGGACUGGUUCCACGGCAGCUGUGUCGGUGUGGAAGAGCAUCAUGCUGUUGACAUUGACUUGUAUCACUGCCCCAAUUGUGCGCUUCUGCAUGGUUCUUCCUUAAUGAAGAGGAGGAGGAACUGGCACAGACAUGACUACACAGAAGUGGAUGAUGGCUCCAAACCUGUUCAAGCUGGAACUAGGGCCUUUGUUAAAGAACUACGUUCUCGAGUCUUCCCAAGUGCCGAUGAAAUCAUUAUAAAGAUGCAUGGCAGUCAGCUGACACAAAGAUAUCUGGAGAAACAUGGAUUUGAUGUCCCUAUUAUGGUCCCUAAAUUAGAUGACCUUGGACUCAGGCUCCCUUCACCUGCCUUUUCAGUGAUGGAUGUGGAACGUUAUGUAGGUGGUGACAAAGUGAUAGAUGUUAUUGAUGUGGCAAGGCAGGCAGACAGCAAAAUGACACUUCACAAUUAUGUUAAAUACUUCAUGAAUCCUGACAGACCAAAAGUGCUAAAUGUGAUCAGCCUUGAAUUUUCGGAUACAAAAAUGUCUGAAUUGGUGGAGGUUCCUGAUAUAGCCAGAAAACUUUCAUGGGUGGAAAAUUACUGGCCAGAUGAUUCAGUCUUCCCCAAGCCCUUUGUCCAGAAAUACUGCUUAAUGGGAGUUCAAGAUAGCUAUACAGAUUUCCACAUUGACUUUGGUGGGACUUCAGUCUGGUACCAUGUCCUUUGGGGUGAGAAGAUUUUUUAUUUGAUAAAGCCAACAAAUGAAAAUUUGGCACUCUAUGAAUCUUGGAGUUCAUCUGUGACCCAGAGUGAGGUGUUCUUUGGAGAUAAAGUAGAUAAAUGCUACAAAUGUGUGGUAAAGCAGGGACAUACCUUAUUUGUUCCUACAGGGUGGAUUCAUGCUGUGCUCACUUCUCAGGACUGUAUGGCUUUUGGAGGUAACUUUCUGCACAACCUCAACAUUGGCAUGCAGCUCAGGUGUUAUGAGAUGGAAAAAAGACUAAAAACACCAGAUCUUUUCAAAUUUCCUUUCUUUGAAGCCAUAUGCUGGUUUGUAGCCAAAAGUUUGCUGGAAACCUUGAAAGAACUGAAAGAAGAUGGUUUCCAGCCUCAAAGUUACUUAGUACAGGGAGUAAAAGCACUGCAUACUGCUUUAAAAUUAUGGAUGAAAAAAGAACUUGUAUCUGAACAUGCCUUUGAGAUUCCAGACAAUGUUAGACCUGGGCAUCUUAUUAAGGAACUUUCUAAAGUAAUUCGAGCAAUAGAGGAGGAAAAUGGCAAACCAGUUAAAUCUCAGGGAAUUCCUUCUGUGUGUCCAGUUUCACGGCCUUCAAAUGAGGCAUCUCCACCAUAUCAUUCCCGGAGAAAGAUGAGGAAACUUCGAGAUCAUAAUGUCCGAACUCCUUCUAACCUUGACAUUCUUGAGCUCCAUACAAGGGAAGUUCUCAAAAGAUUAGAGAUGUGUCCAUGGGAGGAGGACCUACUGAGCUCUAAACUGAAUGGAAAAUUCAACAAACAUCUCCAGCCAUCUUCCACGGUACCUGAGUGGAGAGCAAAAGAUAAUGAUCUACGAUUACUGCUGACAAAUGGAAGAAUAAUUAAAGAUGACAGACAGCUGUUUGCAGAUCGGAGUCUUUAUACAGCAGAUAGUGAAAAUGAAGAAGACCAAAAACCAACAAAGAAUGCAGACAUGAAGACAGAACAGAGCUCAGGAAGAGAGGAGGCUGAAAGUCAAGGAUCUCCCAAACCACUUAAUAGAAUCUUUUCAAGUGUGAGAUCGGAACUCAGGAGUAGACCGUCAGAGUAUUCUGAUGUUUCUGAUUCAGAAGACUCUGGACCUGAUUGCACUGCACUGAAAAUUAAUUUUGCCACUGAAGAUUCUGAAAGUUCAGGUGAUGAAAAGAAACAUGAAAUAACAUCCCACUUUAAAGAGGAGUCUGAUCUAGUGAGGCACCUCCUUCAGAAGAGCCAGAAGCCAUCUAGACAGGAAAUCCCAGCUAAAAGGGAAUGUCCUACCUCGACGAGCACCGAGGAAGAAGCUAUUCAGGGAAUGCUGUCCAUGGCGGGGUUGCACUAUUCCUCGUGUUUACAAAGGCAGAUACAAAGCACAGAUUGCAGUGGUGAGAAGAAUUCUCUCCAGGAUCCCAGCAGCUGCCACAGCAGUAACCCUGAAUUUAGGCCAUUGUAUCGCUGCAAUAAACCAGUGGAAUUUGGAUACCAUGCCAAGGCUGAAGAUCAGGAUUUGAUGACUUCUUGGAAUAAACAGUUUGAUCGAACUUCCAGAUUUAAUGCUCAGGACUUAAGUAGAAGCCAGAAACACAUCAAAAAAGAAAGCUCUUCAGAACUCAGUCAGAAGGCACAAAGCAGGCACUGUGUGGACAGCAAUAACUCGAGCAUUCAGAAUGGAAAGUACACGCUGAAUCCCAGCUUGGUUUCAUGCCAGAUAAGUAAUGGCAGUCUGAGCCCAGAAAGGCCUAUUGGGGAAACUUCUUUUUCAGUGCCCCUUCACCCAACCAAGAGACCUGCAUCAAACCCACCACCUAUCAGCAACCAGGCAACAAAAGGUAAACGUCCAAAAAAAGGAAUGGCAACAGCCAAACAACGACUUGGGAAGAUUCUGAAAUUGAACAGAAAUGGCCAUGCUCGCUUCUUCGUGUGACAGAGCUGCUAUUACAGUCACUCUUCCCUUUGGAUGCCAGUCUCGGGGCGUGGAAGCCUGGAGUUUCCCCCACCCCCUGCCUGGAGCAGUUUGUGUGUACAGUAAGAAUACUGCCUGAAGAACCGAAUGGACCUGAUGCUGCAUUUUCACUGUGCCACACCCACUCAGCAAUAAUCCUUGGACCUGGUGGGGAGAGGAAGGCAGAGGGUAGUAGAACCUUAAAAAGAGACCUUGAACUGGAGAGGGGUCUCUUGUCAGGGCUUGAAUUUAAUUUUGUUGUUGGUAGUGUCUUGAUUUUUUUUUCAGUAGUAGGAUAAAGAAUUAUCAAUAAUUUAUUUAACAGAUUUUUUUUUUUUUAAAGUUAACAGCUUUUAAAUUCUUUCUUUUUUUUUUUAAAGCUAUUUAUUUGGAAGAUUUCUGGAGAAAUAUCUCACUAAUUUAGAUUUAAGAAUGUGAAGGUUUUUAAAUUAUUUUUGAUAGUGUGCGUGUUACCUGUGGAGAAGAGCCACGGUAACGGUAGCUAGUCUGGACUCUUAAAUUUGAUAUUCAGGUUAAAGUCUUAAACAGGGAUUUGAUGCAUUAAUUAUUUUAAAUUAAGAUGUAUAUGAAAUCAUUUUAUUUUAUAUAUUUCAUGUUUUUUAUAAGCUAUUAGCUUCGCUUUUGCUAACAUCCAAGGUGCAUACUAUAAUCCAGGUUGAUUCCCUUAGACCCCACCUUCCUUCUGCAGCCCAGUCCCCAAUGUUUUGAGAUAACCCAAGACUCUUCUCUUUGCAGGGAAACAUGUUCAUAGCCAAUGUUAAAGAACCACAUAUAAGAGUCCUCAUUUCUCA